CGUUUAGCCGCAUAUUGGCCAAGCUGCGCACACCGUGCCUAGAGUGAUCUUGGUCUGCCGAAAAAAGAAAUGUGAUUUGCUUCUUGAUGGCGAAUUGAGAAACGUUGGAAUUUUCAUCAUCCAGAAAACGCUCGCUCCCGCGUAGUAUGACUACCGCGUACAACUCUACAUCGUAGCAGCAGCAGCAGCAGGUUUAAAAAUCAGGCCCAGCGGACACCCGCUCAUAACAUCCGAGCUUACACGUCUCUAGCGAAAAUCUCGAGACGGUACCGUGCAGGUUAUAGAACAUCAUUACCCACCACCGCCACCACCAUCAUCAUCGCAGCAACCAGCGGAAAAAAGUCGUCGUCGGCCCCAUCCAAAAAGUGUGCCCUGUACCAGCAAGCGUGCCCUACAGCGUUCGAACGUUUGCGGUGUGAACUACUAGGGGUGAAUUAGAAGGUCUUCGCAAAAUGGCUGACCAGCAAGCAAGUGUCGAACAGCAGCAGGCACCGGCUGCACCACAACAGCAGCAGGCCGCCCAGCAGUCGCCGCCGCAACAGACCGCUUCCGGUGAGCAGCAGCCACCGCCACAGUCACAGCCCGCCCCGCAGUCGCAGGAUGCCGGUCAGAAGCCGGCUGCUGCUACCGGUACCGCUCCUGCUGCCACCGCCGCCACCGCUGCCGCCUCAACCGCACCACCACAGCCCCAGAAAGAGAUCAUCGCAACGAAGGUGACGGGCGUCGUGAAGUGGUUUAACGUGAAGAGCGGCUACGGUUUCAUCAACCGGGGCGACACGCAGGAGGACGUGUUCGUGCACCAGUCGGCGAUUGCGCGCAACAACCCAAAGAAGGCCGUCCGCUCGGUCGGCGACGGCGAACAUGUCGAGUUUGAUGUGGUGAUCGGCGAGAAGGGCAACGAGGCGGCCAACGUGACCGGACCGGAGGGUGGACCGGUCAAGGGUAGUCAGUACGCGGCGGAAAAGCGCCGCUCCUUCCGGAGCUGGUGGUCGAGGCGGGGACAGCGUCGCCCGGGUCAGACCCGCGGCAAGGACGGUCAGCUGGAAGGUGGGCAGGGCGAUGGCCAACAGCAGAACGAUGGUCAGAUGCAGGCUCAGCCCCAGCAGCAGCAACAGCAACACCAGCCACAGCAGCAGCAGCAGCAGCAGCAGUCUGUCAACAAGCAGCAGCAGCAGCAGCAGCAACAACAACCCCGCCGCUACCGGCCCCGUGGCCGUGGAGGCUACGCUUCGUACUACUCCCGUCCCGCACCCCGUGGCCCUCGCCGCGACAUGGGCGACAAUGGGCAGAUGGACCAAAACAUGAUGGAGGACAACAAUGGUGGCAUGCGCGGCCAGGGCGGCCGUGGUGGCGGUGGCCCGCGACGAUUCUUCCGCCGUAACUACCGUAGCGGUGGUCGCGGUGGUGGUAUGGGUGGCCCACCGGGACCGCGCCGCGGUGGCUACCGGUCGGACUAUCAGGCCGAUUAUCAGCAGAACGGUGGCGGCCAGGAGCAGAUGGCACCGCGCCGUGGCGGUGGCAUGCAGGGCCGUGGUUCCGGUGGCCGUGGACGUUUCCCGCGCCGUGGCCGCAACCCGCAGCGUCCGCGCAACGAGGGUGGCUUCAACAAUGCCGUCCAGAACACGACCACCGAAAGUUCGGCCUAAACAGUACCCCACCCCCGCAACCGCCAGCACCGAUGCCACAACCACUAACCUGCAUCACCAUCUAGUGCCGGCUCGUGCUCGAACAUCGGAGACGGACGGCCACGCGCCCAGUUAUCAUCCUUUUACAUCGUGCGCACGGCCCGAGUAAAAAAAACCAAAACCACGCACCGAGUCAACAGGAGCAACUCUCGCCAUUACGAUCGAUCGACUACUGGACAACGACCGAGCGCGACACCAUCUCCGGUCCACGGGAAACGAGAUGCGUAAGUACAACCAAGCUUAUCAAUAUACCAACACAGAGAGCUUUAUACCAACACUAUCGUGGGUGCAUCUCGAAUCCUUUUAUGCUAUCCAUUAUCGUGUUCAUCCAACCCGUGAAAUGAAUAUUCAAAGAGAAGCAUUAGCGAAAACGCGAGCGUGAGCGCAAUGUGAAAAACAAUCGUCAUAGUCUCGGGUCUUUUGUUUUCCUGACCGGUGCGUGCAGUUUCUAACAAGAUAAAGAUUAAGAAGGCAGAAAGGGAAAGAGAUCCAUUGAUUUGCGAAUGAUGCGAAUUGAUGCGUUAUAAGUAUAAAUAAACCAUACAUUGCACACUACUACUACUAUCCUUUACCUUGCAAAAGAAAAAAGAAGAAGCAAACAGCAAAUAAUUAGUAAACCAGUGGGGAAAGCUACAUAAAGUAACGUUUGAAUAAUUGACCUAACUCUACACCAAGGAAGGGAGAUCUUUGAAUCCUUGAGCGGGAGUAGUAGCAAUAGUAAGAGCAGAAGGAGCAGUCCCAAUUAAUAACCCAUAGAGGAACAAGAUCCCUGGGGAAGAAUGGUGAAAACAGAAAAAUGAAUAUUGUAAAUCGCCACAGCCUGCUAGAAGAAGAGCUUCUUCGAUAGAAGUGUUUAAAGAUCAAAUACAAUUUCUGUCGCUGCUGCUGCGCGCAGUCCUUUCAGCGAAGAACAACAUCCGCAUGGAGGACGAUUGUGUGUGCGCGCGCGCGCCACCCCAUUAUGCGUGUGUGAAUUAGAAGGUAGCAAAGCUGAAUUGGAAAACUACCACCACCAGCAAGAAAAUCGAACCAAUUUCGGUAAAGUAGCGCGCACAGGCACUAUAAUAUUAGGUUAACCAUUGCUGCCGGUGUGCGAGAUCUGAGACCGGAUCGGUUCGUACACCGCGCCAGCCACAAUGAUGAUGAUGAUGAGGAUGAUGAUGCACACAUUGAUGAAAGCAUAAUAUCUUUGAACGUUUAACAACAGCUCGCUCUAGAAUAGAGGGUAGGAAAAUCCCAAGGCAACUGGGCGAAAGGGCUCGUGUUUUUUGGUGUGUUUGUGUGUGAAUGAAUGAACACAAAACAGGACCACCGGCAGGUUUCCUACCGUGGGGAUGUGCGUGUGUGUGCGUGCUGAGAGAAAAUCCCGGUACACACCGCCCCACGGUUCAUAUACACAUAUAUUUGCAAAGCUCGCAGCGCUUCAACUUUAACGCAGAGAGAGGCUACAACAGAAAGGGGGUAACCCCCCCACAUCCGACAUCACACGGCAAAAAAAAAACAAUUUAGUCCCAAAUUUAGUUACUCUUUGCAACGAUUUUAACAAAACCACAUCCCCCCGGCGUUUCAAGAAGCUUCAACUGUUUUUAACCUUUUGUGUGUGUGUGUGGAAGGAACGGAGGGAAAAUUGGGCAAACGCAUCAAAUCGUACGGCACCCGACGCAUGGGUAUUUCGAUCGAAAGAUGCAGCAAACAAUAUAAACAACUACUAUUCUACAUUAUAAUAAGGCAAGCCUUUAGGGAAGGAAAGCGGUAGACACACAGCGAGCGCGUAGGUCGGAAGCUAUUAAACCGGGCAAACAUUUGAGUAACAAAGUAGGUGUGUUUGAGUUUUUGAGUUUAAAUAACCCCUUAUUAGUAGACCGAGCGAACCACACCAAGAGAGCAACUAGCAACUACUAUCUCUCUCGCUCUAACCAAGCGUAACCGCGGUUGGAACAAUUCUACUACCGACGGUGACAAAUGGACAGGUGUUGGUAUUUGGAGUGGGAAAAGGAGGGUUACAAUAGAAAUUUACUCUACACUAAAUGAUAACAAAGAAUAUUUCAACCAGACGAGCGAUUAAACCUAACCAUCACCAGCAGUGCAUACCAACCAGACGCGGAUUAACCCAUCUUGGUCUAGUGGAUGGCAGCAGGAAUCCUAGCGGAUAGCAGCAGAACAGCACAGAGAGAGAGAGAGAGAGAGAGAGAGAGAGAGAGAGAGGGAUAGAGAAUGGGAGAAAAAUCUGCCCAAAAACUUGUUAAACUUGUAGUAGCAUCUGAAGUACAUCAUAGUAGCACGUGGUGUGCUGUGAAGCACGAUCACGUGUUGCUAUGAUCCGCCAUCUUGGCGGUUGAGCUUUGCAUAACGCAGGACGCGUGUUAGUUUUUCCUUCUCUUUGGGUCCCCGCGUCGUGUGCCUGUGUGUGUUAGGUUUCUAUCGUACAAUCUGCUUUGCUUUCCCCAUAUCUGAUAAUUAGAACACAAGCCGGAACUACUUACACUCUACUUUUACCAUAGUCACACCGAAGAGAUCGUGUUUUAUCGUGUGUAUGUGUGCAUUAGAUUUUGUGUUUCGUUUGGUUUUAACUCUUCCCAGCUUUAAAUCAUUUUUAUCAGCGCUACAUCCUUACCUUAGCAUAAGAUUCUCGCGUACAAAAAUGGUUUUGAUUGGAUUUGAUGCUUUUAAUAGAAAAAAAUGUGUUUUAUUACUACUACAACUACAACUACUACUACACCACCACCAUUAUCAAUUGUGUGGCGCACGUAUAUGCGCGGGUGCGGGUGGGAUCAAAAAGGGGGGUGGUCAGCAUAAACAUUAUCCCGAUGGCUGGCCGGUAGCAUAUUGAGAAACUGAACAAUCACCAUAUCGUGUCGCAGCUAAUCAGGGAAUAAUGCCUCCAACAACCAGGAGGCAGCGCGCCCGUGCAUGUAUCAAAAAAUAGACAGCAGUGCGGCGCGCAUGUAUUUGCCCACGAACAUCGGGGAUCAUUACGGAGGAUAUUUUUAGCAUUUGUGCUGCGGGAGAAGUCUCUCGAAAGUUGGACCGACACGACGCUGUCUUAGCUCCGUUUUUUCGGGGGUCUUUUUCCCCCCUGUGUACCACAUGCAUAAUUAUGGUGCAAUUUUCAAGCCGGUCGGCCAAAAAGGGAGGUGCCCUUAUCCUUUUUAUCCGGCCCCCAUCAUUGAGGCGAAUUUUAUCUAGAAUCUAGUUAAGAGGUUUGUGUUUUUAUUUAGUCCCCUCAUUUCCUUCACACCGGUUUUCGAUUAUACGAUAAAACAGAAAAAUACAUACAAAAAAGGUUUAGUGAACGAAUGCAAAUUAUUAAUAGAAACAAAAAAAGGAAUACAUUUACUGUGUCUGUUGUGUGUGUGUGUGUAAGCUAGAAAAAAUGAAAGGGAAAAUAAGAAACCAUUAAAUGCAACAAAUAAUACAACCACGCUCUUAUCUAACCAACAAGCAACAAACAAAAAGCGGGCAAAGUGAGCAAGUGGUGGAAAAAAACAUUAAUUCAACAUACAAUAGUUUAACAAUCUCCUAUAAAAGCAAACAAUUUUGUAGACACACAUACACACACACAUUUAAAAACCAUCGGUUACAGGCAGUGCUGUUUUGAUUGGCCAUCAUAAUAUUACCGUAAAGAAGCUGCAGAACAUAAAUGCGAAAAUUUGAUAAACUAACAGAAACAAACAAGCGAAUGAGAAGAAAGGUAUAAAACAAAUGCAAAUACAAUAUAUGAUAAUGAAAAAAAACCCCAGCAAGCGGUGGAGAAAAGAAAAGCAAAAGAAAUCACUAAAAUAAGGAAACCAAGCAAACACAAACACACACCACCACACACUAUUGUAUGUAGAAAUAAUAUGCGUGAAGCUGGGAAGCAAAACAAAGCGCGGAAGGGGGAAGAAAGGAGCGAGAAGGGAAGGUUUAAUUUGGAAUGGUAAAUGAGCCAAGCAAAAUGUGAAUCAUUGAAAAAUGGAGCCAGUUUGCCUGUGGCGCGUAAACAGGAAAGAGAGAGCGCGAGAGCGAGAGGGAAAGAACAAGAGAACUACUACUAUGAAAAUAACUAAUAAUAAUAUUUGCAAUGUAGUGUGUGAAAUCGGCCACUUAUAGAGAAGAAACAGCAACAUAAGAGGAGUGUAAAGCAACACCCGUCAUUAGAACUACGGUGGGAUGUAGUAAGGAGCUAAAGGAAGCAAGAUAAGAAAAUGCCCGGUUCGAAUUAAGAAGCAUAACACAAGAACAUCCUUAAGCGGGAGGCAAGUGUAAGCAACAGGAAGCUAAUAAUGCUCGAUAAUGGAUAACAGAGUCGAUCGAUCGUAUAUUACAUCAACCUUCAGCCAACAUCCUGCGAAGGGAAAUGAUUCGAGAGUGGAAAAGUGACCCCGACGAAGACAACAAACGAGAACCAAGUUGGGGGGCGAUUGUAAAACAUCAAACCAAUACUAUAACAGUUUGUCGCAAUUAACAUCUGAAAAUCGGGACAAACGCAAAUGACGAUUACGUUUCUCUGGAACGUGUGUGUAACAGCUGCGAAACAACACCGGAAACAAUGUCGAAACUUGUAAAACAGAAAAAAAGCAAUAAAAAAAUCGAAAAAUUUGAA